GAGCCCAUUUGUCAACCUGACCCGAUGUUUGAUGUGAAUGAUAUUCCAGCAGAGGAAAAUCUAUCUAAAGGAAUUUUAUCUAAAGACAAUGAAGACACAAGUAGAAAUAAUGAUGGGAGUUCCACUCUUAAUGAAUGUCAGACAAAUAAGCUAAGAGAAUAUGACAGGAAAAAGGAUAUUGCUUUGUUAGAUCUGUCUCGGCAAGAAACAUUAGACACAAGUAAAGCUCAGUCUUCAAACUCACAGGACGUAAGAAAUUCAAACUCACAGGACAAGAGUAAGGCUCAGUCUUCAAACUCACUCGGCAACAGUAACACUCAGUAUCCAAAUCCAAAAGACAAGAGUAACGUUCAGUAUCCAAACCCCAAGGUUACAAGUAACACUCAGUCUACAAACCCACAGGACAUGAGUAACACUCAGUCUACAAACCCACAGGACAUGAGUAACACUCAGUCUACAAACCCACAGGACAUGAGUAACACUCAGUCUACAAACCCACAGGACAUGAGUAACACUCAGUCUACAAACCCACAGGACAAGAGUAACAUUCAGUCUACAAACCCAAAAGACACAAGUAACACUCACUCUCUGAUCUCACGGGAUUCUACAGAGGAGGAAGAUUAUGUACCAAUGGAUUGGCCUCGCACUGAUGGCCUCGGGACACAAGAGAACGGAGAGACUUGUGAAGAAGUCUGCUUGAGAGAGAAGUCAGGUCAGAAGUCGGGAGUGUUACGGUACUCGGUGUCAAAUGUGUCUUUAUGUACCAAAGUCAUCAGGCUACAGGUGACUCACCACAUCAGCUCUUUGGUGUUUGAAGGUAAAGAUGCUGAGGCUCUCUCUGUCAUUGACAAACCCCUGCACAGUCUUUUAGACGUCAGUGGGGCACCACAAGGGUUGCAGGCAUAUGUCAAAUCUCAGUACAGAGACAGUAAAACCUUGAUGGACCUUGUUACAGCUUUCCUCAUCAGCAUUAUAGAUGCCAUUAGAUACAGGUCUCUCUUUCAUGACCUUGUUCAGAAGAGUGUCCUUGAGGUCAUGAACUGCAUGUUUGGUAAAUACAGCCUUGAUGUCCUGAAGGUGGCCUUGACCUGUUUGACCUCUUUGUUCCAGAACCAGCAUAUCCUGCCCCAGUUAUCAGAGUCCACAUUUCUGAAAGAAGGCAAGAGGGAUUAUAUCAAAGUUAUCAGGUGUUUUACAAACAGACAUACCAGCAAUACAGGAACUUCACAGGGUUGUGAGUGACAUCACCCCCAUAGAAUGAAAUGUCCCUCAGCACCCUGACCGUCUGUAGAAUAAUACACCCAUCUCUUCAGAUCUUACAUGACCCUCCACCCACCCAUACACAAACAAUAGUGGGUUAGAGGGUGUGUGUGAAGGAAACCAUUCCAAUGAGGUGUCUGAAACUAAUCUGUUAUCUAUAUUUUUUGUUACUUCUACAAAACAGAACCUUUUGUGAUUUUAAUCAUAUCAGGUCAUGUAUGAAAACAAUAACAUUUAAUUAAUAAUAAAUAGUUUGUUAAGUUUGAUAGAAUGUUACAUUGAAUAAUUACGUUUUACUGAAUGCAUGAGGUGCCAUAAAUUAUUUAUAUGCUAGGCAAUAGUAUUGUGUACUUAUGAAUUUAAUUAAGGGAAUAACUCACUUUAGUAAAAAAAAAACCUGCUACUUAUGUACAAAAAAAUGAACUGGUUUUGUCAAAUCUGGAUCCUAACUAUUUAUAAUCACUCCAUGUGUAGCAUGCUUAUUUAAGUUCACAGGUAUAAGGAACUUGGUGCUAUAAAGAUUCUACCACUGGCUGAACGUCACCUUUUGUUCACUUUGGAAUCACUGUGUUAGAGAUGGUUAUACAUAAAUGAAUGUGAUAUGAUUGUAUUGUUACUAGAUAAUAACCGUUCCUUGUCUGUUGGUAUUUACGCAAUUGUUAAUUUGAUAUUGAAAGUUUUUUGACAAAUACUUUGAAUUUGGUCAAACCAAAUUUUAAUCUGUUUUUUUUUCAUCAUAUAUGGAUAUACUUGCAAUUAAUUUCUAUAAAAAUAUGCUGUGUAUAUUUAAUACAAGGUUUUUGAAAAAAAUGGAUAUACAUAACUAUACAACAUGCUGUAUUAAUAUUGAUCUUCAGUAUGCUUUGAUAUGUCAGAUUUGUUAUGAAAUCCAUAAGGGAUAAUUCAAACUUGCUCAUUGACAAACCAUGUAAUUUACAAUAAAUCCUAACCCCCAAACCUUACCUCAACUACAAAUGAACUUAUAGCAUGAUCUUACCUAGUAAUUGAACAUAUAACAAUCCACCCCCAAAGAACUUAUAUCCAUUUCAACCCCCAAAGAAUUUGCAUCCAUAUCUACCAUCAAAGAACUUAGAUCCAUAUCCACCCACAAAGAACUUAGAUCCAUAUCCAUCAACAAAGAACUUAGAUACAUAUCCACCAACAAAGAAGUUAGAUCCAUAUCCACCCACAAAGAACUUAGAUCCAUAUCCAUCAACAAAGAACUUAGAUCCAUAUCCAUCAACAAAGAACUUAGAUACAUAUCCACCAACAAAGAACUUAGAUCCAUAUCCACCCACAAAGAACUUAGAUCCAUAUCCAUCCACAAAGAACUUAGAUCCAUAUCCACCCACAAAGAACUUAGAUCCAUAUAUCUCCCACAAAGAACUUAGAUCCAUAUCCAUCUACAAAGAACUAAGAUACAUAUCCAUCCACAAAGAACUUGCAUCCAUAUCCACCCACAAAGAACUUGCAUCCAUUUCCACCCACAAAGAACUUAGAUCCAUAUCCACCCACAAAGAACUUAGAUCCAUAUCCACCCGCAAAGAACUUAGAUCCAUAUCCAUCCACAGAGAUUUUGUGUCCAUUCUAUCAAAUAAAUAAAAUAUAUUUUAAACUAAACUGAACAUAUCAGAAUCUACCUUAUAAUGCAGAACUUGAAUCACUAUCAACCUUUCACAAAACACUAAUAGGAUCAGUACGAGAUAAACCCUAAAAGAAUAUAGCUUAAGAUCCACCCCACAAAGAACUUUGAUCGCUAUCAUUCCAUGCCAAUUGAUCUUGCUAUAAAAAAAAUAUGGAUUAUUAUCAAACCUUAUCUUAAACACUUUACCUUCAUGUGAUAUAUUGUUACGAUUUUAAAAAAUUGUUUUAUUAUCUAAUACUAUGUAUUAAGUUUGCUGUUAAUUAAAAGCUGUGUAAAAUCAAGCAAAAAAUCUCACAUUCCUUAGAAUACUGUAAUUGUAUUACAUUUAAAUGUGUAUUUUUUUAGCGCCUUUCGCGGAAGGCAGCCUCCGCUAAAUCAAUUACAUCGCUAAAUGCUUUGUGUAUAAAGGUUUAUGUAAAGCACAUUCAAAAAGCGCUAAAUCAAAUCUACUCCAACUUGUUGAAAAUUCAAUUUCCGCCAAAUAUCGUACACGCCAAAUAUAAUACAUUUACAGUAUGUGAUUUUACAUGAAGUUGUCUUAUCAUGCUAAAUAGCCAUAAUUUAUUUGUGUUGAUGAUUCUUUUUUAAUAUUUUUAGUGUAGUUUAAAUGUUUAACAAUUUUUAUAUGUAUUUAAAAUUUAUAUAGGUAGUGCAAAAAAUUUUCAUAUUUUAAGUUUAUUUAAUUUUUUUUUUU